AUGGGUACCAGGGAACAGAAUGAGAGUGCAUUGGCUCCACACACUUCAACCGAAAAUACCACGCUAUUCGAGGACGAGAUAAAACGGACACAGGAAGAGACAGCCAAGCAACCGGAAAAUCGCGCGAUCUGCCCCAAAUGUCAAGGCAGGAGCCUCUGCCUAGUCUCUCCCUCCGGCAAGGCUAGUUGCUUCUGUCCACCAGAUCGCACCGGCGAGUUCUGCGAGCUGGAAAUAGUCAAGCUUCCAACUGCGUGCACAAAGGAUCAGUGCGAAAAUGGAGGCGUUUGUGACCAAGGUCCCAUCACCACCAUUUGCUACUGCUCCGAAAAUUAUGUCGGCGCGAAUUGUUCUCGGGUGGCGGUUUGGAUUAAACUCUCAAUGAAUCUCUAUGAGAAUGGGAAACUGGUGGAUUGGUCGAAGCAAAACAAGUCAAAGCCGCUCCUCGCCUAUGCCGCUUGCAAUCAAGUAACAGCCUCCAUUCUGCGGGGUCCAAAUCCAACCAUCGCGACCGCUUUUAUGGAUUGUGACCUUCAGGAGUAUCAUAAGAUUCUUGUGGGUAACCAAGAGGGAGUUAGAGUUACUACAAUGCUCAAAUUUGAUCCUGGUGACAAUGCUAAAGCGUUACGAGAAUCCGAAGUGAGGCGACACAUAGAAUCAUCCACAUAUAACAUUGACUUCGACUCCGGUGAGACCAUCUCUGUUACCAACUACGACGUCUGUGAAGCACACAAACACGACUGUUCUCCAUCAGCCAGUUGUAUUUGGGACGGGAUCACUUACUCGUGUGAAUGUAACAGAUUCUACUCGGACGGAUUUGUGACCGGGAAACUCCUGCCUGGUCGAGACUGCUACCAUAGCUUCAUGACCGGCUUCCUUCUGGGCUGUUUGAUUAUCCUCCCAAUAAUAAUCACCACCUUCACUGGUCUCUUCUAUUGUCGUCGCUACCAGGCGAAAAAGGCUUGGAUCCCCACGUCGGGGGAUUCGGAUGGCCUCCAGCUGGUCUCCUCUCAGUAUCCCAAAUACGAUGCCUAG